UGACCUCUUUGUUCUUCGUUGGCACCAACCCUUCUGCCACCAUGAAGGGGCACAGGCAAUGGGGUGAGGGCCCUUUGUCUUAAAAAAGGGCCGAGAGCCCUUUGUCGUCCCCUUCUGAAGACGUGCCUUCUUCCACGAGGAGGCAGGAAGAAAAAAGGGGUGAGAGCCCUUCUUCCUCUUCUGAAGAAGAUGAGCCUUUUGCUCCAAUGCGCCUUCAGGCAUGGAGGAGUGAGAGUUCUUCAUUUUCAUCUACUGAAGAAGACGAGCCUUCUACCAUGAGGAGGCAGCAACAACAAAGUCCUGUGUCCUUCAUGGAGAUUACCCUUUCUACCACCUUGAGUCAGGAUGGACGUGGUCGCAGCCCUUCCUCUACGUCUUCAUCUUAUGAAGACACCGAGCCGGCUAAUAGCUUUUUAUCCAUCCAUCUGAGUGCAAGAGGGAACUUAGGGGAUGCAAGACAAAAGGAAGCAACAGAAAGAGUAAAAAGAGAAAGAGAGAGGUGUGAAGAGAUGAAGAACAAGAACCAGGAGGAGGAGAGGAAAACCUUUGGUCUGCUUUCAAGGACUUACAUUUGGUGGCUCAACCACAAGAUAGACCGCGUUGCUAGAGAAAUCCAGUCAACCGUCGUGGAUGAGCGCAACCUCCUGCGUCACGGUCACCUCAGUAAUUCACAGAAAAUGGCAGAAAAAGAACGACUGCUUGACCGAAGGACGAAGCUGGUUGUGUACAAACGCAGACAAGAAUUUAAGGUGGAGAGGGAAGUGAGGAAGCAAAGACUGAAGGUAAAGAGGACGGAAGAAAAGGUUGUGAAGAUGGAGAAUAUCUCAGAGUUAUGCAACAACCCAGAAAGGCCAACACCAGACAGACGUAGACAUAAAUUAUAUAGCAUUUAAGAGAAAAGGAUAGCAAUCAGAAAAAUGGCACCAAAUAGAAAGAUUUGACAAAACUGAAGUAAAGAAAAGUUAAAAAUUCUAUUAAAACAUUAGCAACCACCAUCAAACAUCAUCCCAACCACCUGAUAACACCCUAUAUGCUUUAAUUCAAUUACAAAAUG